AUGUCGUCUCAGGGAGAUAAGAACUGCAACCAGGAGGUUCCCCGAACUCCGGACUCCGGAAUCGGAAUGAUGGAGGGACAGGAGCCCGGCACCACGGCUAAUGCCACCAACGACCCCCAGAACGCUAUGGUGGCAAUUGAGCGCCACGGUGUCACCGUCAGGUACACUCUCGGCCAGAUCACUGCGAUGGGUGCUUCACUAGCUCGUGCGCGUGCUGACGGUCUCUUCCCGCCUACCACCGCUGCCAGCCACGAUGUCCGUGCGAUCACCAGCGAUUACUUUCGCUUUGUCCAGCUUACUGCUGCCCGCGGUACUGCCCCUCCCGAGGAGUGGAACCAGAUGCGUCACGUGGUCCAGCUUCUCGUUGAGAUCACUCAGGAAAUUCGGGCUCGUGAUAAGGUCGCGGCUGAGCAGACUGAGGAGGAGCGCGUCCAGGCUCAUGUUACCAACAUGAUGAGUGGUGUUAGUGCUGAAACCAAGCUUUACAACAUUGUCAAGCAUGCGGUCACUUUUGCGAUGAACAACGGAUCUGGCGAUGAAGCUGCUACUCUCACUGGCCAAAGCAUGGUCAAUAUUCUUCACGGAAUUCGAGGUGCCAUCAACGACAUGGCUGACCAAGGCACUCACGGCGUCAACAAUGUCAAUGUGGAGACUGUUCUGGAGGAAGUCUUCGGUAUGAUUGACUUCGCCCUUAGUAACUUUGUGGGCCCCCUCGAUCAGAACGUCGAGCAGAUGCGUGGCCAGCUCAACCGCGUUGACGGCCAGAUCAGUCAUGUGGAUGGCCAGAUUAUGCACCUCAAUGCAAUUGGUCAGCAUGUCAACGCCAUUGACGGCCAUGUUCACUCUCUUGGCAACAACAUCAACGCGUUCGGCACCCUCCUGAACUCGACUAACGGCAAUGUUGUCAGCCUCACUACUCAGAUCGCCCUCCUCCAGACUAUUGUCAACAUGCUUCCUCGCAUGAUCGCCGAAGCAUGUCAGCAGAUGCUUCCUGGAGCUACUCAAGAGGCCAUGGGUCCUAUCAUUGCCAUCAUUGAGGGCCAUCUGGGCACCGCCUUGCCUAUUGGUACUGCCAAUGGCACUCAGCAGCAGCCUAGAGGAGUGAAGAAGUUCUUCAACUCCGUCAAGAAGCUGUUCCGAAAGAAGUAAGGAGCUUACUAGCCUUACCCAGCGAGAUUGUCAUCAGGGAUGCUUUAGUCACAAGUCUUCGUGGUUGCCUUAAUACUCUACUUCUUCACUUUCUAUC